AUGCGUAAAAAUUCAUUAAAAGAAUCAUUACAAGAACAAUGGGACAAAACCUCCAAAGUUAACGUAAAAGAACAAUUUUAUUCGAAGACACCGGGUAAAUAUACCGAAGUACAAAAAGCUAAAUUUACAAAAUGGGUCAAUAUACAAUUACGUUCAUUAGAAGAAGCAUUAGCAAAUUUAUCACCUGUGGCAACGAAAUCUUUUCUUUUUGAAAAACCAAACAAAAGGAUACCACAAAUUAAAGCAAUAGACGAAGAUUUUCGAGAUGGGAAAAAGUUGAUAGAAUUACUUGAAAUAUUAUAUGAAGAUGAUAAAGACUUGCCAAAACUCGAACGUGGUAAAAGUCGACUUCAUUAUAUACAAAAUGUUAAUAAAGUAUUGGAAUUUUUACAAAAAAAAUUAGAUGAUAGUGGAAUGAUAGCAUUAAAGGCCAUCGGAUCCGUUGAUAUCGUUGAUGGUAACAUUAAAUUAACCUUAGGUUUAAUUUGGUUAAUAAUAUCAAAAUUUAUUCAAAUGACUAGUAAUAUAUUUGAAGUUACUGAAGAGGAACUAAAUCAAGUUGAAGAAGGAUUUAAAGAGAAUGUUGUUAAAGAAAGCGAAUUAACUUCAAUCGGUGAAGGAUUAAAUAAUGCCGCUUUUGAAGCAUUUCGAUCUCAAUUUAGAAAAAAUUUUGUAAAAAGUUCAGGAAAUGAUGAUAAUAUACUUGAUUUGCCUACUAUAAUUAACGAAGAACCCGAAGAAUUUGUUCACGUAGAUGAACCAGCAGAGGAUGAAUCAAUUGGGAAUCAGUCAACUGAAAAUAAAUCAACUGAGAAUAAAUUAUCGAAUGAUCAGUCAAUCGAUAUUAAACCGAUUCCUCGAAAUUCUAGUAUACGUGAUCGUAUUUUAUUAAAUAGUAAUAAUAGGUUAUCAUUACCUCCCAAUUACAAUGACGGUAAAAGAGAUGGAAAGAAGUUUAAUCCUAAUUCACCUACCAGAUUUAGAACAUUACGUUUAAAUCCAUCAUCUCCAUCACCAAUGAGUUCAUCAUCAGGAUUAUUGUUUUGGAUUAAUAUGCAAUUGAUUGAUUACGCUUCAUUAUUACCUUCAACUUGUUAUCCUAUUGAAGACUUUACUGGAAUGAAUGAUGGGAUUAUGUUGGUAGCUUUAAUUCAUCAUCUAAAUAUGGAAUGGAUUGACUUUGAUUCAUUAAUUAAAGAUGAUGAUGAUGACAAAGAAGAAAUAAGUGAUCAAGAGUUUCUAAUAAAAGAAAGAUUAACAAAAUGUUUUGAUGUACUAAAUGAGAGAUUAAAUAUUAAACAACCAAAAGCAUUAGUUUCCAUGUUAAUUGAAAAGGAUUAUAGUGAUAAGGAAAGAUUAAAAAGAACUGGAUUAGCUUGGAGUGUUUAUAUUAGUGAAAUAUUUUUAUCUACUGCUCAUGCAAAAAAUAAACAAAAACAAGUUAGAAGACAUAGUAAAUUAGGUUUACUUGAUGAAGAUGAGGAAACUAUUGAAUUCAAGGAAGCAGAAGUCUCAUCAAAUAGUAUCAAUGGUAUUGAAAGUAGUAGUCAUAUGCAUAAGAAUAAAUCUAGAGGAUGCCUUCCUUCCUUUGAAGAUGAACACAAGUCACCAUCCAAAAGAGGUUCAAUGGCUACCUCAAAUUUACCUCCUUUACCUCCUUGGAGUCCUAAGGUUUCAUUAAUUUCUGCUGUAUGGGAUUGGACACUUAGUUGGAUUCAUGAUAAAGAUGAUAAUGAUGAUUACUAUGAUAGUGAUGAUUAUGAUAAAAAUGGUAAAUUAAAAGAAAAGGAAAUGAGGACAAUUACUAGAGGACAUUCCUCAAGAAGACAACAAAAUAAGUUUGAUAUUAAAAAUGCUGAUGAAUGGAAAUAUCGAAGAGACGAAUCGUUAGAUGAAGAUCCUCUUCAAUUAUUAGCAAAUACUCAUCAACCUGCUUUAUAUAUGUAUUGGUCUUAA